AUGCCUCCUAAAAAGGUUGAAGAACCAGAAAAGAAGCCACUAAUUGGCCGAGUGGGAACCAAUUUAAAAGUGGGUAUUGUGGGAGUACCAAAUGUUGGUAAAUCUACAUUCUUUAAUGUGCUCACAAAAAGUCAAGCUGCAGCUGAAAACUUCCCUUUCUGCACAAUUGAUCCAAAUGAAAAUAAUGAUGUAUAUGAAACAUUUAAACAGAAAAAGGAUGAUAAUGAUAAGAAGAGAUCCCUGGCGGCUGCAACCCUUGGUUUAGAAAACACUGAUAUUCCACUGCCCGAUGACCUUGAAUAUUAUACAGGCUGGACUGAUAAAGAUGCCCAAGAAUGCUAUUUACUAUCUAAACCAAAAACAUAUCUUAUUCUCGGCAAGCAAGGUUGUGGAAGCUAUAAUUUGGGAGAAGCAUUGGCAAAAAAAGUUAACUGUCCGCAUUUGUGUCCGAAAAAUGUUAUUCAGGAUGAAAUAGAUCAAAAAAGUUCUGUAGGCAAGUGUUUGGAUUACAACAUGAAGCAUAAUAAAGUCAGCAAAAGUGAUAUUGUUAUGAAAAUUAUAAAAAACAAAUUAGAAUCUCCUGCAAUAAAACAUCGUGGAUUUAUAAUAUCGGGAAUACCAAUGGUGACAUCUAGUCUAAAAAUGCAAUACUAUUCUGAUAAUUUGUAUGCAGAAGAGUCAAUUACUAUUGUAGACGACAUUCUGUUCGACGUGAUAUAUAAUUUAAAAAGAAAAAAACGGAGAGCCAAAAAAUCUUCGCCACAUUCCUCAAAAAGCAGUUUAAACGAAGAAGGAGAAAUUGAACCUGAGGAAGAAGAACAGGAAGCAGAAGAAGAGCAAGAGGAAGAAAAUAUAGUAGUUGAAUUACCAAAGUACUUAUUAGAACCCUGCAGUGACCUAAUAUUUGUUUCUAAACCUUAUUACACAACGAAAGAGAAAAUAUUACUGGAUCAAGUUCAGGAAUUCUUUGGUUUCAAGCCUGAUAUUGUCAUUUAUAUAUCUUGCCCUCAUUCAGAUGUGAUUAUAAAAAGAACACACAAAUUGCUUAAUUACUCAAAUAGUUCUAGCACUUUCGCUCCCUUUCCAGCAAAUAUUGAAAAUGAUCUUCGUUGGCCAGCUCACUAUACCAUGCUCGACUAUAACAGGGGAAUUGAUAAACAUACUUUUAAUCCGAAAUAUAACUGUAAACAACCUACAAAUUUUACAACGAACUCUGCGGAACAAAUCUGUAACUAUAAAAAAUAUGUUACACCUCUAAUAGAAGAGAAAUUGAAAGAAUUUGACCCCAGAUAUGUUAUAAAAGUAGACGGAAGGACCACUAUUCAACAAAUGAUGAAUAUUAUAAUGGAAAGAUUGCUGACAUUGCCCAUUAAACCUGUGCUCCUACCAGAGCCAUUGUAUAUCGACGAGCCUCCGGAUGAUAUAGAAGAAUUUUGGAAGACUGUUGAAGAAUUAAACGUAAUUCGCAGUGGCUCCUUAAGCUUUAACCGAUACGCUUCACCGUGGUACAACCGAUGUCCAGUUGAGUUACGGAAAAGAAGAUCAACACAGGGAAAUCCAAAAUUUGCGGUUACAUUUUUUAAACAUGUCUAUUUAUUAUCCUCACUCGAUGCCAUGGUUUCCUUCUGCAGAAAUCCGAGACCCUAUUUACAACUUAAAUAUUUAGAACCAACGUGUCGAAUGAUCGUCAUAGGUACUAAGAGUUCUGGAAAGACAAUGAUAGCUCAAUGUUUAUCUUGGAUUUUUACGACCCCUGUCAUAUGUUUCGAAUCAUUUUUAAAAACUGAAAAACAAAAAAAGUAUGAUUCCUAUGCAAAAAAUAUUUUUUCUGAAAUAAUCGCUACGAUAGAAGAUAAUAGAUUUUCAAAGUGGCAAGCUAAGGAAUUGCAAAGAGUGUCUGACUUAAACACGUGGUAUAACGCAGUAUCCAGUGCACUUUCUUCUUACAUUCCUAUUUUGAAAAAAGCCUUAGAGAAUGAAGGUGAAGAUGGUGAGCAACCACGUUCAAAAAGAUUCUAUACUUUAAGAAACCAACUUUCCUAUUUACCUGUGGAUGAUUUAGAGGAACUUGGAGCUUUACUUAAAGACAAAAAUGCUUUGUUAGAAUUCGCUCCUCAUCAUCUAAUAACGGAAAUUGACAAACCAAAAACGCCAGUCCUUGGAGAUGAAGAUGUCACGAACGAAAUUUCGUCAUACAUUGUGACAAACGAUCUACAAAAAGAUAUAGAACCGACUACUGAAGAAUUAAUGAAUGAAAUUAUUAGAAUCUUAAAAAACAUUGAUAAGACAUCUCUAGACGAUACGGGUCUAUUUUACGGAAAAUUUAUAAUCGAUGGAUUUCCAUCGGAUCCUGAAUAUUGGGGAUAUUUGGUAGAAUCUGGACUUUUACCUGAUUAUACAAUCGCAAUAAUAGAAAAUAGAGAAAUUGACGCAGAUAUUGUUCAGCAUUACAUUAAUAUAGAAAAAUAUACGAAAAAUCAUCAAGAAAGGUUCCUUUUGUCUUCUGACGUCCUAGUAAAAACUAAACUUUUACAUGAUGAACCACCGGAAAAUAAAUAUUUAAAUAUGCAAAUAAUAAUAGAUAAUUUAGUCUUAAAAUUAUUUGACCCUGACUCCACUGAUGACGUUGCAAAUGAAACUGAAAAAACACCGGAUGCAGAUGCAGUAACAAGUUUUACUGAAACAAUAGAAAAGUUUCGUGAAGAAUGGGAAGUAUCUAAAUUAAAACUGGAAGAAAAUGAAAAAUGUUUUGUUGAAACAGAAAUUGAAGACAAGAGUGAUAUUGACAUUAUAGAUGAAGUUUUAAGGAAAAUUCGUAACUGUUAUUUUAAUCCUUGUAUAAUAAUAGAAGACGGAUUGGAUAUUCCGGACGAUGAUAGUGAAAUAACUAAAGAUGUUUUAACCUACAAUGAGCCGCGGUUUCUAGGAGAAACAAAUAUUUACUGUCCAUUAGCUUUUUAUGACUAUGGUGUACUGUGGGAAGGUAAAUCGGAGCUGGCAGCAUCUUAUGACAAUAAAACAUACAGCUUUAGUAAAGAAGAAUGCGUUGAUCUCUUUCAACGUGACGUAAAGAAAUACCUUUGUUACAAUAAACCAUACAAAAAUGAUGUACCGCUAAGAAUAUGUGUAAUAGGUAACAUAGGCAGUGGGAAGACUUCCUUUUCUCGUAUAAUAGCAAAAGAGCUGGGACUAUUUCAUAUUGAUUUCGAAGAUUUUAUAAAUAAAUAUUUGAUACCUAAACAUUUUAAAAAAGUUGGAUGGCAGUAUGAGAACAGUUUUACUGAUACUCCUGUGGGCGAAGAAGAAGUCGUCGAGUUUCAAAUAGAUGAAGAAAACUUAAACUACAUUUCGGACAUAACGUUUAAUGAACAAGAGUUAAGGAGAAUUAUUUACAAUUACAUUGAACAUGGAUCCCCCCUAAUGUCUCCAUUAUUACAGCCCUUAAUAAAAAAGUUAUGGCAUGAACAGCCAUUUAAUAACAGAGGCGUCGUAAUUGAUGGUUUUCCAAAACUACCAAAUGAUGUUGAAGAUAUGAUCUCAUGUUUUUGUAUUCCUGAAAUUGUAAUAGAAAUAGAAUGUGAUUCAGAAACUUCACUUAAUAGAAUUUCUCCUAAAAUGUUUAAGCAAUGGAAACUACAACUUGCCGAAGCUAAACUAAAAGCUAAAAAUAAGCUAGACAGAGAAAAACAGGAAUGGACGAAUUUUGUGACUAAAACUGUAGUAAUUAAAUUAAUUAUUGAUGACAUCUUAGGAGAGGCAGUCAACGAAGAAGAGCCGAUAAAAAUAUCAUCUGUAGAAAGUACUAUUUUUGACGCUAAUCCACUGGGAUCAGCCAACGUAGAUGUUAAUUUAUUUAAAACAUACAAUGAGCUCAUACAAGAUUAUCCAGAACCAGUUGACCAAAAUGUAUGGGAAAAUGCUGAUGAUGUACUUGAACAAAUAAACAACAGAAUAGAAAAACAUCCACUGCGCAUUGGUAUAAUUGGCCCUCCUAAAUCUGGAAAGAGCACAAUAGCUGCAAAGCUUGCAAAAAGAUAUGGAUUGCUAUGUAUGUCAAAGGGAAUGGCUAUCCGUCAUAUCUUAGAAAACAUGGAUUGGACUACAUUAGGGUUCCAAAUUAAAAAGUUAUUAAGAGAAGGCAAGUGCAUAGAUAAUGAGUUGAUUAUGGCAGCUGUUCUAACAGCUUCCAUUGAUCACCCACGUAGGGUACCAGUUCCGGAUGAAAGAUACGAUUACCUCUGCCAGUAUCACAAACCACUCAGCAAAGUUCCUGCUUUUCUAAAUGUUGUGGACAUCGCCGGUCUUGUCCGAGGAGCUGCUGAGGGUCAGGGUCUAGGAAACGCGUUCUUAUCACACAUUAAAGCGUGCGACGCUAUCUUUAAUUUGUGCAGAGCAUUCGAUGAUGAAAACGUGAUUCAUGUGGAUGGAGAAGUUAACCCGAUUCGGGAUUUGGAGACCAUUGGAGAAGAACUUCGGCUUAAAGACGAGGAGCAAUUGAUGCAGAACAUUGAGAAGCUGGAUAGAGUAGUGAACCGCGGCGGUGAUAAGAAACUUAAACCGGAAUAUGAAGCCUUAGCGAAAAUCAAAACCAUUCUAGUUGACGAAAAGAAACAUAUACGUUUCGGCGAUUGGAGCGCUGCUGAUAUAGAGGUUCUGAACAAAUAUCUAUUCCUGACGUCAAAACCUGCAUUGUAUCUCGUCAAUUUGUCAGAAAAAGAUUAUAUAAGGAAAAAGAACAAGUGGUUACCAAAAUUAAAAGAAUGGAUCGAUAAGAACGACCCCGGAGCGCCACUGAUACCAUUCUCUGGUGCUUUGGAAAGCAAGCUGAUGGAUAUGGAACCUGAUGAAAAGGAGAAGUUCCUUAAAGAAAACAACAUCACAAGUGCAUUGGACAAGAUCAUUGUUCAAGGAUACAAGGCUCUACAGCUGGAAUACUUCUUCACAGCUGGUGCAGAUGAAGUCAAAGCGUGGACUAUUCAGAAAGGUACAAAAGCCCCUCAAGCUGCUGGUAGGAUCCACACUGAUUUUGAGAAAGGUUUCAUCAUGGCUGAGGUGAUGCACUUCAAAGAUUUCAAAGAAGAGGGCUCUGAGAGUGCUUGUAAAUCAGCUGGGAAAUACAGACAACAAGGUCGAAACUACGUUGUUGAAGAUGGUGAUAUAAUUUUCUUCAAAUUCAACGCCGGCGCCGGUUUGAAGGACGCUAAGAAGAAAUGA